GAGACAUGCCCCUGAUGAAUUCUAAGCGGUCUUUCACUACAGCUCCUUGCAAAGAUGCAUAUUGUAUCAAUAUUCACGGUAAAUAUAUGACAUCACAGCUCAUGAAGUGAUGAUCAGAUAAGAUAAGAGUCCAAAAAUUACAAUUCAAACCAUCGCGUGACGUACCACAAUUCCUCCUUCAACCUCCAACUGCGCAAUUUGCACCAUCUCCAUCGUCAAACAACACCCCACGCCACAUCCCACGACAAUUAUGGUGCUUGUCGCUUAUUCUGACUCGGAAGCCUCUGAUUCAGAGCCCGAGAAUAACACUCCCGCUUCCGCCCCUGCGUCAGUAACCAAACCCGCCGUAUCAUCCUCUGGCGCAGCUUCAACCGCAAACCCAAAAUUCCCAUCCAUCGUCGAUAAAAGCAACCCCCGCAAAAUCCGUGUUGCACUCCCCGAAAUCAAACCGGAACCAUCAGAUGGAGACGAUACCGAUGGCCCGGCGCGCAAAAAGCCUAGAAUAGGAGGUGGCGGCGGUGGUGCGUUUUCGGGUUUCAGUUCAUUCCUACCGGCCCCGAAACGGCCAAACGCCACGGCAGAGAAGGAGAAAAAGCUAGGUGGUGGACCUGCGCGAAAGGUGUUCAGUUUGAAGACAGGUGCUGCACCGGGGUUUGAUCGGGAGGCUGAUGAGGAGAUGAGGAAAGAUAUGGAGUUUGAUAGCCUAGGGGGCGCUGGUGGCGAUGAUGAUGAGACUAUUCCGAAGGCAGGGAGUUCGCAGAAGGAAGGGUAUGAAGAGUUCGGGGAUGAUAACGGGGAAAAUAUAACGAAGAAGAAACCGGAAGAGGUAGUCUUGAAGGGAAAUCCGAUGAUGUUCAAGCCGUUGUCUGUGGGGCGGACCCAGAAGAAAAAGAAGACGAUGGCCACGAUUAUUCCGCCACCGGUGCCAGAACCCAAACGGAAUGAUGGGCAUAUGGAGGGAAAAAAAGGAACGAACGUACACGCCCCGGCUCAACCCCAGAAGCCUACUGCGCCUCCGGCACCGAGACCCAAAGUCAGCCUUUUCUCCCUGUCGACGGAUGAAACAGUUACGCCAGACACCUCAAAUUCAGCUAAUAGCUCUAUAUACGAGCCCCUUGUAUAUACGAAUGAACGAGCGCCUGCAGCUGGUCCAGUCCCUGAACCCGAGUUGGCUUCUACCUCAUCAACACAAACGGCGCCCCCAACACAAUCGUUGGAUUACAUCGCGGAUGAUCUGAAUCUGUCCCGUGCUCAAAGACGCCAGCUAUUUGGCCGCAACGCUGAUCCAUCGAGUUCUCGGAUUCUACACUUCAAUACGGAUGUGGAAUAUGCCGCCAACCAGGAAAUGGCACAUAAGGAACUUGCUGCGACGCAACACAACCCAGUCCGGGCUAUUGCCCCCGGAAAGCACACGCUACAACAGUUGGUCAAUGCGGCAAGUACGCAAAAGGAUGCUUUGGAGGAGAGUUUCGCGACUGGUAAACGGAACAAGAAAGAGGCCGGUGCCAAGUAUGGAUGGUAAAAUGGCCAUAUCUCUAAUGUUACUCUUUGAUACGGAUACCCUGCCCAUGGUUGUAAUUGUAAUAUAAAGACUAGGGAUUCCCAUAUGCAAACAAUUUCAUUAUUCUUGGUUUAGUACCAUGCUGGCUCGAG